AUUAGUAAAGAUGGCGGUAGCGGCAUAACCUCGUUGCAUUGUUUUUACGCAUUCUCUUUAUAUUUCAUUUGCAGAAAAUAAUCAAAAAGACAUUGGUGAAGUGAUUGUGAGUUUUAAAUAAUCCACCAGCAUGGCGGAUGCGGCUGCCAGACAGCUGCAAUACGAGUACAAAGCUAACUCAAACUUAGUACUCCAAGCAGAUGUGAGGCUAAUAGAGCGUCGUGGUCGGGAUGAGGCAACAGGAGAGGUGUUAUCUCUCUCUGGCAAGCUCACUGGCACACGCAUGGGCGACCGUACGCAGCGGACCAAGCCUGACAAAGCUGAGGAGAGGAAGGCCAAACGCCAGAAGCGUGACGAAGCAUCCUAUGAACUCUCCAAGUCCAAAUCCCGAGUGGCGUGGGCUGAUGACACCCCAGCUGGAGUGCUGUAUAGACCGAGGGCCCAGCAUACAAGACAUGCUUAUGAACUUCUGCUGGCGUUCAUGCAGAGUGCUCUCGGAGACCAGCCCAGGGAUAUUUUGUGUGGUGCCUGUGAUGAGGUUUUGGUGGUUCUCAAGAAUGACAAGUUAAAAGACCCGGAACGGAAGAAGGAAAUAGAAAUGUUGCUUGGACCCAUUCCUGAUGAAAGAUUCGCACUUUUAGUCAAUUUAGGUAAGAAAAUAACUGACUUCACAAUUAGCACGUCUACGGAAGGCAACACGGAGAUAGAUGAAACCUAUGGCAUCAAUGUGCAGUUUGAAGAGUCUUCCGAGGAAGAUGAUGAGGAUGCGUAUGGCGAGGUUCGUGAUGAGGACAAGGAGGAAGGCGACGCGACAGAUAACGAGGAGGGCAAAGAGAGCUCGGGCGAAGACAGCGACGGCGAGGGGAAGAAGAACGCCAUACACGCCAAUUUGUCAGAAGAACAGUCUCAGAAGCGUAGAGACACAAUCCUGCACCCCAUGGACAUAGACGCUUACUGGCUCCAAAGGAGACUAUCCAGACAUUUCCCUGACGCUAUGGUCUCACAGGCGAAAUCUUCUGAAGUUCUCAGAGCUUUGUCGGACGCAGCGGACGACAGAGACCUGGAGAAUAGACUAGUGUUGCUGCUCGGGUAUGACUGCUUCGACCUCGUCAAAGUGCUGAACAAGUACCGAUAUACCAUCUUGUACUGCACGAAGCUCGCGUCGUCUCAGUCUGAAAGCGAACGAGCGUCCAUUAGAGAAGAGAUGUCAAGACAACCGCACCUGCAGAAGAUUCUGGCACAACUGGACACUGGCAAAGGGGAUGACGAGACUAUGGAGCAGUCGGAGCAACCGCGCAAGCGUCACAAGUCGGGCCAGGAGCCCGCCGCCUGGGGCGGAACCGUGGGCGGCGCCAGGAAGGUGCUACAACUCGAGGAACUAGUGUUUGCGGCGGGCGCUCACUUCAUGGCCAACAAGCGGUGCCAGCUGCCGCCCGGCUCCUUCAGGAAACAACGGAAAGGUUAUGAAGAAGUCCACGUCCCGGCGUUGAAGCCCAAACCCUUUGAGGAAGAUGAGACCCUGUUGCCGAUAGAGAAGCUGCCCAAAUAUGUUCAACCCGCUUUCGAAGGAUUCAAGACCUUGAACAGGAUACAGAGUCGGAUAUCCAAAGCAGCUUUAGAAACAGACGAGAAUCUGUUAGUAUGUGCACCCACAGGCGCGGGCAAGACGAACGUAGCGCUGCUCAGUAUACUGCGCGAGGUGGGCAAGCACGUCAACGACGACGGCACGGUCAACGUGCACGACUUCAAGAUGAUCUAUGUCGCGCCCAUGAGGUCACUGGUACAGGAGAUGGUGGGCAACUUCAGCAAGCGGCUAGCGGCUUACAACAUGAAAGUCUCAGAACUGACCGGGGACCACCAACUGACGAGAGAACAGAUAGAUGCGACCCAACUCAUCGUUUGUACGCCUGAGAAGUGGGACAUUAUCACGAGAAAAGGUGGUGAAAGAUCUUUCACAAACCUGGUGCGUCUGAUCAUCAUCGAUGAAAUACACUUGCUUCACGAUGAAAGAGGACCUGUUUUGGAAGCUUUGGUCGCAAGAACACUGCGUACAGUGGAACAUACGCAGGAGGAGGUUCGCCUCAUCGGUCUCUCAGCCACGCUGCCGAACUACACAGAUGUUGCUGCCUUUUUGAGGGUCAAGCCUGAAAAGGGGCUGUUCUACUUUGACAACUCCUUCAGGCCAGUGGCGCUAGAACAGCAGUACAUCGGUGUGACAGAGAAGAAAGCGCUGAAGAGGUUCCAGGUCAUGAACGACAUCGUCUAUGAGAAGGCGAUGGAGCAUGCAGGGAGGAACCAGAUUCUAGUGUUUGUACAUUCGCGUAAAGAGACGGGGAAAACUGCGCGUGCCAUUCGAGAUAUGUGCCUUGAGAAAGACACGCUUGGACAGUUUCUUAGGGAAGGCUCAGCAAGCGUGGAGGUCCUCCGAACAGAAGCGGAGCAAGUCAAGAAUCCAGAAUUACGUGAACUGCUCCCGUACGGGUUCGCCAUACAUCACGCGGGCAUGAGUCGAGUGGACAGGACCCUGGUCGAAGAUCUGUUUGCUGAUAGGCAUAUACAGGUGCUGGUGUCGACAGCAACCCUAGCCUGGGGUGUUAACCUCCCCGCCCACACGGUCAUCGUCAAGGGAACACAGGUGUACAGCCCUGAGAAGGGCAGGUGGAGCGAGCUGGGCGCUCUUGACGUGCUGCAGAUGCUGGGGAGAGCGGGGCGACCGCAGUACGACACUAAGGGAGAGGGUAUUUUGAUCACCAACCACUCCGAGCUGCAGUAUUACCUGUCCCUGCUGAACCAACAGUUGCCCAUCGAGUCCCAGCUGGUGGGCAAACUACCGGACAUGCUCAAUGCGGAGAUAGUUCUGGGCUCAGUCCAGAGCGUGAGGGAUGCAGUCACUUGGCUAGGUUACACAUACUUAUACAUAAGAAUGCUUCGACAACCAGCACUGUACGGGGUCUCUCCGGAAAAGUUGCAAGAAGAUAAUCUGUUGGAGCUGCAUCGAGCUGACCUGAUACACACCGCUGCCAGCUUGUUGGACAAAGCCGGCCUAAUAAAAUAUGAACGCAAAUCCGGACACUUCCAAGCGACGGAACUAGGUCGCAUCGCCUCCCACUACUACUGCACCUACGAAACCAUGCAGAGCUACAACCAACUGCUGAAGCCGACUCUUGCUGAAAUAGAGUUGUUCAGGGUUUUCUCCCUCUCGUCGGAGUUCAAGCACAUCGCUGUAAGAGAUGAAGAGAAGUUGGAAUUGCACAAAUUGAUGGAGAGGGUCCCAAUACCAAUAAAGGAGAGCAUAGAAGAGCCAUCAGCAAAAAUCAACGUUUUGCUGCAGGCGUACAUAUCGCAGCUAAAACUGGAAGGGUUCGCCUUGAUGGCUGAUAUGGUGUACGUCACUCAGUCUGCUUGCAGGCUGCUGAGGGCUAUCUUCGAGAUUGUUCUGCACAGAGGCUGGGCGCAACUCGUCGACAAAACUCUGGCGCUGUGCAAGAUGGUCGACCGCCGCAUGUGGCAGUCCAUGUCGCCGCUCAGACAGUUCAAGAAAAUGCCGGAAGAGGUGAUCAAAAAGCUGGAAAAGAAGAAUUUCCCAUGGGAGAAACUAUACGAACUCGGGCCGAACGAGAUCGGCGAAUUAGUCCGAGCGCCGAAACUCGGCAAAAUGAUCCACAAAUACGUGCACCAGUUUCCGAAGUUGGAACUGAGCACGCACAUACAGCCCGUCACUCGCUCCACUCUACGUGUCGAGCUCACCAUCACUCCCGACUUCCAGUGGGAUGACAAGAUCCACGGGCAGUCAGAAGCGUUCUGGAUCCUGGUGGAAGACGUGGACUCGGAGGUCAUCCUGCAUCAUGAGUAUUUCCUGCUCAAGCAGAAGUACUGUCGCGACGAACACCAUGUCAAGCUGUUCGUACCCGUGUUUGAACCUUUACCCCCUCAGUACUUCCUGAGGGUGGUCUCCGACAGAUGGAUAGCAGCAGAGACUCAGCUGCCGGUUUCCUUCCGCCAUUUAAUCCUUCCGGAGAAGAACCUUCCACCAACAGAACUGCUGGAUCUACAGCCGCUGCCUAUAUCAGCCUUGCGGAAUGCCAAGUAUGAGGAAUUAUAUGCUGACACCUUCCCGCAGUUCAACCCUGUGCAGACUCAGGUGUUCAACGCGGUGUACAAUUCAGACGACAACGUCUUCGUGGGCGCGCCCUCCGGCUCGGGCAAGUCGGUGAUCGCGGAACUCGCGCUGCUGCGGCUGUUGUCUGUCAACGCGGCCGGCCGCGCGGUCUACUUGCUGCCCAGGGACGCGCUCGCGGACAUCGUGUUCGCGGACUGGUACCACAAGUUUGGCACCAAGUUCAACCUCAAGGUAGUGCAAUUGACGGGUGAAACGGCGACAGACCACAAACUGCUCAACAAGGGGCAGAUCAUCAUCACCACCGCUGAAAAAUGGGAUGUGCUUUCCAGAAGAUGGAAGGUUCGCAAAAGCGUCCAAAGUGUCUCCCUUUUCAUUGUGGACGCGCUUCAGUUACUUGGUGGAGAAGAAGGCCCUGUUUUAGAAGUGGUGUGUUCGAGAAUGCGCUACAUUGCUUCGCAGAUAGGUCGUCCAAUCCGUAUCGUGGCACUAUCCCUCCCCCUGGCGGACGCCCGCGACGUGUGGCAGUGGCUCGGCUGCAACGCCAAUUGCGCGUUUAACUUCCACCCCAGUGUGCGUCCGUUACCUUUGGAACUUCAUGUGCAGGGUUUCAACAUAUCACACGCCGCCUCCCGCCUCGCAGCCAUGACCAAGCCAAUAUACAACAGCGUCAUCCGACACGCGGGCUCCAAGCCUGCUGCAGUCUUCGUCCCUUCUAGAAGACACGCCAGACUCUUGGCAGCGGACCUUCUGGCGUUGGCGGCUGCCCACGGGAACCCCACGAGGUUCCUGCACGCCAGACCAGAUCUGGUGCAGCCAUUCCUCAAGAAGAUCCAGGAUAAGAUGCUUCGAGAAACGCUCUCAGCCGGAGUAGCCUACCUGCACGAGGGUGUAUCUCCCAGCGAUCGCCGCACAGCGCAACAACUGCUAGAGUCCGGCGCUGCGCAACUCUGCGUAGUUGCCGCGGAGCUUGCGUUUGCGUUCGCUGCGCACGUGCACACCGUCAUCAUCGCUGAUACGCAUGUGUACAACGGCAAGCUGCACUGCUACGAGCAGUACCCCAUCACGACCGUGCUGCAGAUGCUGGGGCGCGCGUGCAGGCCGCUGGAGGACGAGCAUGCGGUCGGCGUCCUCAUGUGCGCUGCGCACCACAAGACCUUCUUCACCAAGCUGCUCAACGACUGCCUGCCGCUAGAGAGUCAUCUAGACCAUCGUCUGCACGACCACAUAAACGCGGAAAUAGUGACGAAGACCAUAGAGAACAAACAGGACGCUGUGGAUUAUCUGACGUGGACCUUCCUCUACCGUCGCCUGACGCAGAACCCCAACUACUACAACCUGCAGGGGGUCACGCAUCGACACCUGUCAGAUCACCUGUCAGAGCUGGUGGAGACGACUCUGACAGACCUUGAGCAGUCCAAGUGCAUCGCCAUCGAAGACGAGAUGGACGUCCAGCCUCUCAACCUGGGCAUGAUUGCGUCUUACUACUACAUCAACUACACCACUAUAGAACUGUUCAGCUUGUCGCUGACUUCGAAGACCAAGAUCCGCGGCCUGCUGGAGAUCAUAUCCUCGGCCGCGGAGUACUCCGACCUCUGCAUCAGGCACCGCGAGGAGAAUAUCAUCAAGGCGUUAGCGGCCAAAGUCCCUCACAAACCGGCGACGCCGACUGGCGGGGCGGUCAAAUACAAUGAACCUCACGUCAAGGCCCACGUGCUGUUGCAAGCCCACUUGUCCAGGAUGCAGCUACCCGCCGAGCUGCAGGCCGACACCGCUCUCGUUCUCGUCAAGGCGAUUCGUCUCAUCCAAGCGUGCGUGGACGUGGUGUCCAGCAGUGGGUGGCUGUCCCCCGCGGUGGCGGCCAUGGAACUGGCCCAAAUGGUCACACAGGCUAUGUGGGCCAAGGACUCCUACCUGCGACAAUUGCCUCACUUCACACCGGAGCUUGUGCAGCGUUGUUCUGAUAAGGGUGUGGAGACCGUGUUCGACGUGAUGGAACUAGAAGAUGGAGCGAGAGCGAAGCUGCUGCAGCUCUCUCCCACGGAGAUGGCGGACGUGGCGCGAUUCUGCAACCGCUACCCCAACGUCGAACUCACUUACGAGGUGAAAAAUGAGCGUCGGCUGCGCGCCGGCAAACCGAUCGUGGUGGAAGUGUCCCUGGAGAGAGAGGACGAGAUCGUGGGCCCGGUCAUCGCGCCCUUCUUCCCACAGAAACGCGAGGAGGGCUGGUGGGUGGUGAUAGGCGACCCCAAGACCAACACGCUGCUGUCCAUCAAGCGCGUGUCGCUCGGCCGCGCCGCCAAGCUGCGCCUCGACUUCGUGUGCGGCGCGCCCGGUCGCCACACCUACACGCUGUACUUCAUGUCCGACGCGUACCUCGGCGCCGACCAGGAGUACAAGUUCAACGUGGACGUGGAGGACGCCGCCUCCGACUCCAGCGAUUCCGAGUGAUUUGUGUAUUAAAUAAAUAAUUUAA